AUGAAUGAUCGUGAUUAUCCGGGGAGUAACAUCCCUGAAAAGCUGGUGAGCAAAGGAUUGUUUGAUCAGAAUGGGGUCCUGUUAUCUCCGUUUGCUGCUGAUAUUCGCGAGACAGGUUCUUCUCCGGAUACUGUUCCUGUUCGUGGUAUUGGCCUACGGGUGACUAAUAUUGAAGGUAUAUCUACGUUGCCAAGGAGAGGUAUGUUUUACUCAGACAAUGUCUCGGUUAUAGAUGGACUUGCUGCUAUUUCUAAACCCGUUACUAUGGAGAAUGCUGUGAAAGCCGGUUCGGGUAGUGUGGGGGUAGGGGAAUGUCAUGUUCAUGAGACUAGUAGUCAGCAGGAGCAUGUUACUGGUGUAAAAUCAUAUGCUCAAUCUGUUAGGGGAACUAGUGAAAGGAAGGUGAACUUUCAUUCGUUGGAAGCUGAAGAGAAGCAGGAUGGAUGUGAUGUUCUAUCUAGGGAUUCAGUCAGAGUGGUGCAAGAUAAGUUAGCAAACACUUUGUAUGGAUACUUUUUGGGGGAUCGUGUCGCGUUUCCGGUUGUGGACUACUUUGUUAAGAAUAAUUGGAAGCGUUUUGGUUUACAAAAAUCUAUGAUGAACGCCAAUGGGUACUUCUUUUUCAAAUUUGUGGACCAUGCAGGUAUGAUGAAUGCUCUGAAUGAGGGUCCAUGGAUUAUUCGAUCACAGCCGUUGUUUUUGGAACUCUGGUCUCCGUCCGUUAAACUGGAGAAGAAAGAGGUGAAGAAGGUUCAGGUUUGGGUUAAGUUCCAUGAAGUCCCUUUAGCGGCAUACACUGAGGAUGGUUUAAGUUUAAUUGCUACUACUAUCGGGGAACCGAAAGCCUUGGACUCUUUCACUACAUCAAUGUGUGUAGAUAUGUGGGGUAGAAGCAGUUUUGCCCGUGCUCUGGUUGAGAUUUCAGCCGAGUCUGAAUUCAAGGAGGAAUUAACCAUUGCUGUCCCUCGGCUUGAUGGAGAUGGAUUUAUCAAGGAGAAAGUUUAUGUCGAGUACGAAUGGUGUCCUCAUAGAUGUGGGCGAUGCAGUGUUUUUGGUCAUACUAACGAGUGCUGCCCUAAGCAAGCUUCGAAAGGCUUUAAUGGUAAUACUCAACAUGGAAAGUCCACUGGUAAACAACCUAUUCAGGAGAGGGGUAUUCCAAAGAGACAGCCCAUGGUGGAUGAUGAUGGUUAUACCACGGUUCAAGGAAAGAAGGUAGCUAGGAAGGUUGGAUUCAAUGUCAAUAAACCGAAGCAAAAAUUUGAAUAUAGACCUGUGGCGUCUAAGGGUAAAAAAGAUGAGCCGGCUGUUGCGUCUAAGGGUGGGGGUACGAGUUCUAAUCCAGGUGGUUCAAGGAAAAAAGAUGAGCCGGCUGUUGCGUCGGUUCAGGUUUCGAACUCGUUUGAUGCUCUUAAUGAUCCAGAUGUUACUAUGGAUGAGAAUGGGGAUACCUCUGGGCCGUCCCAUCAUGAGGUGGAGGAUGAAGAGGUUGUUGAGGUGCUGAAUGAAUCAUAUGGAGAUGAGAUGGACGAUUUUUUGCGGAAGGGAACGGUUAAAUCGGGUGGAUCAAAAGGGGCAAGCACUCCUUCUUCGUCGGUUAAUCAUGCGAAUUAUUAUGUCACUCGUCGGGAUCUUUGGCAUAACCUCUCAAUGCACAAACUAUUCGUCCGCAAUGAACCUUGGGUGAUUCUAGGUGAUUUUAAUUCGGCUCUAAACCUUGAAGACAAGUCUAUGGGUUGCUCGUCGGUGUCUGCUAGCAUGAAAGAGUUUCAAGCUUGUGUUGAUGAUAUUGAGAUGGUUGACUUAAAUCGAACUGGUAUCCAUUUUACGUGGAAUCAGAAGCCUAAGAAGGGGAUUGGGUUAAUGAAAAAGAUUGAUAGAGUUAUGGGAAAUACCCAGUUCAUUGCCAGCUUUCCUAGUGCUGUGGCGAUGUUCUACCCGUCCAGGUUAUCGGAUCACUGUCCGUGUGUCCUAAAGGUUCCGGAAAUUAAUAAACCUAAACAUCGGCCUUUCAAAUUUGCGAAUUUUCUAGUUCAUAAACCUGAAUUCAUGGGGAUUGUCAAGCAGGCGUGGGAUACGAGUGUUAGUGGUGUGCAUCAGUUUUCUGUGGUUAAAAAACUUCGGCUGCUUAAGCCUCCUCUUCGUGGGUUACUGUUUCAGCAAGGUAACUUGCAUAAAAAGGUGCAACUUUUACGUGAUAGACUUGAUGGUAUCCAGCGAAAUCUUGAUACGGAUUUGAAUAGUGUGAAUCUCCGGGUUGAGGAAGCUAAUGUUCGGCGUGCUUAUCAAGAGGCUUUGCUAGAUGAAGAGAGAUUUUUGAAGCAAAAGUCUAAGGUCGACUGGCUUUCGGCUGGUGACAUGAACUCGGCUUUUUUUCAUUCAGCGCUCAAGAAUAAAAUUCAUUACAGUCGGAUCGAUGUUAUUCGGGAUGCUAGUGGUAAUGAGUUUGAGGAUGAAUUAGUCCAAAAAGCGUUUGUUGAGCAUUACGAAAAAUUUUUGGGAUGCAAAGGGACUACGUCGCUAAUUCCAUCCCCUGAAUUAUUUUCAAAAACGCUGGAUAUGGGUGUUGCCACUCACAUGGUUAGACCGGUCACACCCGAUGAGGUUAGACAGGCUAUCUUUUCGAUUGGCUCGGACAAGGCUCCAGGGCCUGAUGGCUUUACUGCUGGUUUCUUUAAAAGUGCUUGGCCUAUCGUUGGUAAUGAGGUCUCGAAUGCCGUGAUUGAUUUCUUUGUUACAGGGAGGCUCCUUAGGGAAUUAAACCAUACGCUCAUUGUUCUGAUCCCUAAAAUUACGUCCCCAUCUGUAGUCACAGAUUACCGGCCGAUUGCUUGUUGCAAUGUCCUGUACAAAUGUAUUAGUAAAAUUAUUGCUGAGAGAAUUAAAGUGGCGCUGAAUGAUAUUGUCAGUAUCAACCAAUCAGCUUUUGUGCCGGGUAGAAAAAUCUCUGAUAACAUAUUGUUAACGUAA